UUGCAGCCCACACUGGCGGUUGUGGCAGGUGGACCUAUUCUAGGGACAUGGCUUCGAGUAUAUAGCCUUGUCGCUGUAUUCACACUACGAGAAGAUGUUCUCUGCGACAAGUUUCUCCGACGCGGUUGACAAGAUGUCUGUACAGAUUGGGAUAUACGCACUCGCUGCCUUCAGUGUGCUGUUCAUCGUUUGCGCACUGAUAUUCGAUAGGAGUCGCAGAUACUUGUCCGACAUACCUACCGUCGGCAGGCCCUCACUCCCGGUCUUCUCCUACAUAGGCGUCAUACGAUAUCUUGCGAACGCUCCUAGUAUCAUACACGAAGGUUAUACGAAGCACAAAGGCAGCAGCUUCAAAUUCGCUGAAUCUGGUCGUUGGCGCGUGCUCCUCACUUCCCCGGAAGCAGUUGAGGAGCUCGCGCGCGCGCCGGAAGACGUACUAUCCUUCCAUGCAGCAGCGAACGACUCGAUACAGCUUGCAUACACCCUGGGCCCUAACAUCGAGCGCGACCCGUACCAUAUCCCACUCAUCCGCAAUCAGCUUGUGCGCAACGUCCCACGGAUGAUAGACGAUAUUCGGGAUGAGGUCGUGUGCGCGUUUCGUGACGAGAUACAACCCCACGACGCUCGCAAUGGUUGGAUUAGCGUGCAACUGAAGGAUGUGGUAGCGCACAUCGUGUGUCGGGUCGCUAACCGCGCCUUCGUCGGCCUUCCAUUAUGCAGAAACACCGACUAUCUCGCAGUCAACACAGGAUUCACGAUGGACGUGGUGCUUGGGAGCGCUCUCAUCAAGCACUUUCCUUCAUUCUUGAAGCCAUUCGUUGCAAAGUUCUGCACGAACAUCCCCGCAAGCAUUGAUCGUAUCGUCCGGCACUUAGAACCGAUUAUCCCGGAACGUCUGCGUGUAGCGGCGGAGAGCAAGCUGAGCGGUCGGAAGGAAGGUAACAGUCCAAACGACCUGCUACAAUGGCUGAUCGAGAGUGCGCCGGAGGGCCCUGAACGGACUGUCCCUGCGCUCGCCUUGCGCAUCCUAGUGCUCAACUUCGCCGCAAUGCACACAACAUCUACAGUUCUUACACAUACCCUGUACUACCUCGCCGCCCAUCCGGAACACGCAGCAAUUCUCCGGGACGAGGUCGAGGGAGUUGUGCAGGACGAGGGCUGGAGUAAGGCCGCACUGGGGAACAUGCGCCUCGUCGACAGUUUCCUGAAGGAAGUUGGGCGCGUCACUGGCAUGGGUGCAAUUGCCAUGAAUAGGAAAGCGCUGCGGGACUUCACCUUCUUGGACGGCACGUUUAUUCCCAAAGGAACUUUUGUAGCUGCUGCCGCUCGGCCUAUCCACUGGGACGGGGAACACUAUGCCAAUCCCGAAGCUUUUGAUCCAUGGCGUUUCGCCACCAUGAGUAAUCGGAACUCCAAGACGGGUGAACAACUGGUCAACACAAACGACCACUAUCUGUUGUUUGGGCAUGGUCGGCAUGCAUGGUGCGUCACUCAGAAGGCUCAUUGUCUAGUCACUGAUCGCCGUGGGCUAUGCAGUCCUGGUCGCUUCUUUGCAGCGACACUGCUGAAGUUGAUGCUCGCCCACGUCGUCGCUACGUACGACGUGAAGUUCGCCGAUAACAUGGAGGCUCAUGCCGUACCGCCGCCAACGUGGGUCUCGCUGUCGAUGGUUCCGAACCGCAGCGCAGAAGUCUUGUUCCGCGAGAGGCGAUCGAAGCAUUGACGGGCAAGCUGUGGGUCAUUUCUGAGAACACCCAAGCGACGUAA